UAUAGAUAUAUAUAAAAAAUUCAAUUACUUUGAAAAUAUAUAUUUGUAUUGUGUAAAAUUAUGUUUUAAAAGAAAAAUAUUUCUUUUUCUAAUAUCAAGAUCAUUUGUGUGAAUUUUGUUUUUAUGAAAUCACAUUACAUACAAAUAUAUUUUUUCAUCUAAGAAGAUGUAGAUAAAAAAAGUAUUUUAUUACUUCAAAAGUAUAUUUUUUGUUACUUAAAGAUAGCUUUUAAAUGGAAUAUUGCUAUUUUGUGAACUUUCAUUUUUUUAUGAAAUCAUAUUAUAUAUACAUAUAUUUUUCGUUUUUAAAUUAUUUUAUAAACUUUAUAAAUGUUUUCUUUUUAUUUAUAUUAUUAUUUGGAAAAUUUUAAAAAGUAAAAAAUAAUAUUUAAGUGUACUUUUUUAUUUCAUUAGAGGUAUCAUAGCUAGUAAUCAACCACCGUGAGAGUUAACGUAAGUGCGACACCUAGAAAAGUGACUUCUCAAAUAAUAUUAUAGAGAUUUUCUCUUAUUCAUGUUUUCUUAACGUUAUAAAAUUAUUAUAUUACUAUAAUCUAUACAAUACUAAAAGAGAUAUAUGAGCUCCAUUGAACCUAUCCACGUAGGAUAAAAAAUUCAAGCCAAUUAGAUUGUCUUAAGAUGCCAUGUCAGCUUAGUAAAAAAAAUCUAACUUUACGUUAUUCCUUCUUCUUCUUUGACGCCUUUCCAGUGUCUCGCCAGAUCUGGGUUUCUCUCGCCAAACCUUCGGCUACCGUUCUCCCAAAAGCCUCCCCGUAACGCCUAAUUUAUGGUUACCUUACUCUCAUCUCCACUUCAAUACAUUCUCAGUUUCUCUGUUCCAAUUCUCUUUUUGAAGGCGUUCGAUUUCUCACCAAACUGAAGCUAAAAAAAAUGGGGAUUUCCCAAUUAUACAUUUCUGACUUGGAGAUUGGUCGUUUUGAGGACGUGGUGGUGACACGUCUUCUUCAAUUCUAGGAGUCGGUACUCUGAAGAAAGGAGGCGAGGUUAUUGCUUGACAAGAAGGUACUGAUAAUCUAAAUUUAUUUAUAAAAACUUGAUUUAAGGAACACUUCAUUCGGUCUGCCUAAAAUUCCCACUGUUUUCAUUUGCAAUCGACGUUGAUACAAGGUACUAUCACCGCACAUCAACUCUACAGUUUUAAAAAUCUACUGAGUGAAAGUGCUGUGUACGAGCUUAGUGUGUUCUAUGUUGCUAGAAGCAAUAAUCACUUCAAACUGUGCGCCUCUCUCCUGUCUGUAUUUGAUUUACCGAGCAUAACAGCUUUGUCGAGGUUGUCGACCCGACGGCUGAAAAAAAAUCAGGUUUUGCAAGUAUGAGCAGCUAAUGGCUCUUGCUAACACCAACGUAGAUUUGCCCGGUAUGUAUUUAAUCUUAAUCUUACAAUAUCCACUUCCAUUAUACUACCUCAAUUUCGGGUGUAUAUUACAAUUAUGUACAUUUCAGAUAUUUUUCGUCAGGAUAGGAGUAUACACACCAUCUACAAUGACGAAAACGAGUCGAUACAGCGUGUUAUGGUCACAAUCCAGCUGGACAGGUACGUAGCCCCUACGCAAGCACCAUUAAGUUUUAAGUUUUAAAAGUUUUAUUUAACUUGAUAGAUGUUUCUUACUGAUAAACCCCAUCAACCUCUGCAGGUCAACCACUGUGUGUCGUGUGUUUGAUAAGGUUGCAUGACAAGUUAGUACUCUUGGAUGUGAGACAAAAGGUCAUGAUUGCAACCAACAUAAAUCCCAAAUUAUUUGUCUGUGCAUAUGUGAUUUACAAUAACAUGAACGCAUCAGUUUUCAUGCUCUCUUAAUCUGUUUGUGCAGGUCGCUUAGUCCUAAACGUCACAUUAGGGACACAGUUCUACUUUUAUCAUGAAAGCCAAGCCACUCAGUGUUUCUUAAAAGAAUGCAGGCUCUGCAGAGCAGAGAGUGGUUCCUCUGGUAUAUCUUCCAAAAUAUGGUGGUGUUAAGAAACUUGAAUAUGUAAGACUCUCUAAACUUAAUAUCUACAUUCUGAAUUCUCCCCUACAGGUACGUUCAAUGAAUAAGGAUCACUGUUAUUAUUGCAUUUAGCUCAGUUCUCAUGUGUACUGUCACAACAUGACCAAUUUACAUGUGUUGUUAUUUGUUUGGUUGUCUCUCCUUUUUCAUACCGCGCACAAUUAACCAAUCAAAAUGUCUCUUACUUGAAAAUAAGAGACUUUUUUGCUGCAUACUUUCUGCAUUUGCUCAUUUAUCUAGGCUUCACAUUUGAAAAAAAUAUUGUCAGCAACUGUGGAGUUUCUAAUAUAGCACCACACAAGUGAUGAUAUGUCUGUAGCUGUUAAACUUUCUAUGGUCCCAAAUCCAUUGGUGAAAAGCAGUUGUUCGUAUCACACAAACGGGCCAGAUGAUGUUCCAAUUAUUGAAGGAUGUCCAGCCAGCACUGACCCAGAGCCUGCACAUACUGAUUUAGUCCUGACCUCCACCGAGACUCCCAUUAAUGAUGAAAAAGCCCCAGUUCAAAGUAAGCUCGAAAUACUGAUCACUCCAACUAUGGAGACUUGGAAUUUGCAAAAUUCAAUUCAAUUGUUUGUUUCAAAAUUUUAUGUUUUCUUCAAUAAUGUUGUAAUCCACAUACUUUUACUUAGCACCAAAGUGUUUUUAUCUACUUAUCUUUGGCACAAUACCAUUUAAAUAGUUGAGUUUGUUAUGAGCAUUAUUUAAUUUGAAUUAUUUUUAAAUUAGUGGACGUCAUCUACCUUAACCUAACAAAAUAAUCUCCUGAUGUUUUUGGGUACAUACUACAUGGCCUCAUUUAGGUUGGUAAACCCUCGCAUUGGCUGUAAUUAUUUUAGUGGGCUUAACCACUUCAGAUUGCUAAGAUAAGUUAUCGCAAUGUUUUUUUUUUUAAAAAAAAAAAGCUUAAGUCAUCGCAAUGUUUAUGCGUAGUAAAAAUUUAAUCUUUUAUUGGUUACCAAACUUAAAUCUAGAGAAAAUUAAAAAUUUAUGGAAAACCACAAUAAAAGUUGAUCACCAGACGUAAAUUUAGAGAAAAUUAAAAAAAACAUUAAUGGAAAACACAAUAAAAAUAGUUAGGGAAACAGAAACAGCAUAUAAACCAAAUACAAAAAGAAAUUUAACUACAAAUAAAUAAUAUAAUCCAAAACCACAAAUUUCAAGAAUAUAUAGUGCAAUUUCAUAAAAGUGGAUAAUAGAAUUAUUCAUAUGCGAUAUACUUUUUACAAGGUCAUUAUAACCAAGAUCAACAAAACUAAGCCCUUUCUCAAAAAAAAAACUAAACUAAAAUAAAAACAAUUAAUCUGAUAGAUUUUUUUUUUUUAAAUCAUGAAACUCAAGUUAAGUGAAAUUAAUAAGAUAUUGAUACAAAAUCAUAAUGAAAAUUUAAUAGUUAAUCAAAAUAAGAUUUUUAAAAAAUUAUAGUUAAAAAAAUGGAACAAGACUGAAAGUAAUACAAUAAAUACAAGAACAAAAAUGAAUAAAUAUCAUUUUAUAUAUAAACAAGAGCCUUUAGAUUAUUCUAUCCAAAUAAAUGGAGAAUUAUUUUUAAAAAAAGAUGUUAAGAUUUCCGAAAUUUUUUUUAACCUAAAUCCACAACUGCUAUAAAAAUAAAGUAUAGAGUUAUACAAUCCUAAACAAAGGAUAUGAUAUAAAAAAAUAUUAAUCAACUUAUUGGAAAAUAAUUUUUUUUUCCGCGCGAAACGCGGACCAACCUAGGCAAACUACAUGAACACCUUUCUCAAAAAAAAAACUACCGGAACCAAAAGGCAUCCACAAAAAUUGAUCUCUUAUUCAUGUUACGAAAAGUAUAUAUACAUGAGCUUGUGAACCUAAGGAAAUAUUCAAACGUAUCCUACCAUACAAAAUAUAAUAUCUAUGAAUAUAGGAAACAUGUAAUAACUAUAGGUAUUUACACAAUACUCCUCAAAAGAAAGCAUCCAAUUCCCCUAGAAAAUAGUAUGAUUUAGGGUUUCUAGAUUUUUAACUUUUGUUUCUACAGAAUACGAUAGUCAGUUCGACGACUAGAUUUCGCACAAAGUCAAAAACCAAGACAGAGUCAAGCUUUUACGCAAAGCCUUCUUAAAAACAGUUCGAUCAAACAAACCCUAGAAUACACUCCUCCCAUUUAAAUCUUUUCUUCGUCUUUUCAGUCCAGUCGAACAGAGAACAGAUUUUUUCUUCCUUGAAGAAAGUUAAGAUGUCUAAAUCAGAAGACAUGUGGUGGGAAUCGGGAGAGUUGAGUAAGAGGGAAAACUGAAAAGAGAAGCACUUGAAGUUGGUAAUACAUGGCCGGUUGUGUAGGAAAGUGGCAGGCAUUUUCUCCCUAGGAAACAGCCGAGAGAACGCGCACCACCCCCACCACAGACCCAACCCUAAUAUUUUACAGAACUUAUUUAGUCUAUUCAUUUCCCCACUCGACAGGAGGAGCUAGCCAAAUCGUUUUAAAGGUCUAAACAUGUUCAUAUCAUUCCUCUUAAAAUCAUAUGUUGACUGUGUAAACCAUUGAUAUUGCUAUGCUAGCUUGGUUCUUUUUUUUUAUCUAGACAUCUAACAAUAAGAGAGUAAAUACAUUUUUCACUGGUUAUUCAGAUGUUUAAUCGUGCAAACAUGUUUGCCCUUUUUUUUUUUUUGUAGUUUACUUAUAGAGAUGGAGACGAAUAGUACUGUAAGCAAUACAAAGCAAGAUAAAUCUUCUCAAGGCUCCAAUCCUCGUAGUAACCGGAAACAAGAUUUGACGUGGAACUAUGUUAGUGAAGCUGUUGAUUCAAAGGGGAAGAAAGUAACGGCAUGUAACUUCUGCGGAAAGCAAUACGCUGGAAUCAGCAGCAUGAAACAACAUUUGGCUGGUCUGAAUCAAAGUAAAACUGCAUGCAAGGAAGUUUCUUCAGAGGUUCGAGAUUCUAUCGUAAAAUCCAUGAAAGAAAAUAACAAAGAGAAGACGAAGGAGAAAAUUGUUGUGGAUCUUGAGAUGACAGACUAUGAAGUAAAGGAUGGUCAAAGUUCUCAACAAUCUUGCACUUCCCAAAGUAGAAAAAGAAAGGUUAGUAUCCACUUAACAUGUGUACCUUGGAUACAAAGUUGCACUGCUUUUGUCUAGUUAACUACAUAGUAGUACAAGUGUUAUAGUAUGUUUGGUCUUGUUUUGGUACAAGAGUGUCUCAUCAUCGUUUACUUCAACUCUCUUUAGAAUCCUCACUCUCUUUUGUUCCUCACCCUCUCACUCUCUUUCGCUCCUCACAUCACACGCAGAGAGAAGCUACACCAGGAAAAGAAAAGAUGGCUGAAUCAGCAAAGCAACACAUUGAUCGCAUUCGCAGGACUAAGUUUUCUAUCGGUGGAGACGAGAAUCCGUUGACGGAAGAUCUUCAUCAGGCUGUGAAGAAUCUCUCAGCUGAGCUCUAUGCCAAGGAUGUUCACUUCCUCAUGGAGCUUAUCCAAGUAAGCAUUCUGCUGGAUGUAGAAACCAUGUUUCUUGUAUUUUUUUUUUUUUUUGUCAAAGGAGUUAAAUGUUUCUUUGGCUUCCAGAACGCUGAGGAUAAUGAGUACCCGGAAGGUGUGGAUCCAUCUCUUGAAUUUGUGAUUACAUCUGAUGACAUCACAGCCACUGGAGCUCCAGCGACUCUCCUUAUCUUCAACAACGAGAAGGGCUUUUCAGACAAGAACAUAGAAUCCAUUUGCAGUGUUGGAAGGUCCACCAAGAAAGGCAACCGAAAACGCGGUUACAUUGGAGAGAAAGGUACCAUAAGACCUCAAAUACAAAACUCAACUUUCAAAAGACCCUUGUCCUUACAUAUGUGUGUUCUGUUUCAAUCUUUGGCAGGAAUUGGAUUCAAGAGUGUGUUUCUGAUUACUUCUCAGCCUUAUAUUUUCAGCAACGGGUAUCAGAUUAGAUUCAACGAGGCACCUUGCAGCCACUGCAGCCUUGGUUACAUUGUUCCCGAGUGGGUUGACCAACAUCCUUCUCUUGUCGACAUACAAAGGAUCUACGGUUCAGGUUCUUCUCUUCCGACCACAACCAUCAUCUUACCACUAAAGAGUGACAAAGUAGACCCGGUGAAAGAACAGCUCUCUAAUGUUCACCCUGAGGUUCUCUUGUUCCUUUCCAAGAUCAAGAACCUAUCUAUCAGAGAACACUGCCAAGAUCCUAACCUCAGCACAGUGAACUCCAUCGGUAUCAUAACCGAGACGGAUUUCAUGACGAGGAAGAGCAUUGACGCUGAGUCUUACACAAUCCAUCUCUCUGCUAGUGAAACAGACACAGAGAAGCAAUGCAGUUACUACAUGUGGAGACAAAAGUUCCCAGUGAAAAACGAGAACCGUGUUGAAAGAAGAACCGAAGUCCAAGAUUGGGUGAUAACUUUAGCCUUUCCAUUAGGAGAGCGUCUUAGCCGUGGAAACACCUCUCCUGGCAUCUAUGCCUUUCUUCCUACGGAGAUGAUAACAAACUUCCCAUUCAUCAUCCAAGCAGAUUUCAUCCUUGCGUCAUCAAGAGAAAUUAUACUACUUGAUGAUAUAUGGAACCAAGGGAUUCUCAGCUGUGUUCCGUUAGCUUUUGUGAACGCAUUCACCACCUUGGUGAAAAAGACCGAUGCUCCUAUCUCUAGCUUGCUGUCUACUUUUAGGUUCUUGCCUGUAACACAAUCUAGCUACGCUAAGCUAAACAUUGUUAGAGAUUCCAUCAGGGAGAGAAUCUGCGCUGAGGAGAUUGUGCCGAGCGUGUCACAUUUAGGACAGAAGUUCUUUCACAAACCAUGUGAAGUUGGUCGGCUCAUCCCUGCUUUUUCGGACAUCUUGGAGAAAGCGAGGAGAGAAGGCGCAGGGUUAAAGAACAUAUCAUCACAUGGAGUCUACAUUUUGGAUUCUUCUUUUGACAAAAAAGAGAAUGACUCCGUUCUAGACUUCUUGUCUUUGAGAGAAGUCAGCAACGAAUGGUACUCAAAAUGCAUUCAAGGGUGUGAUCUCGUGACAAGUGUGUCAGAAAGCACCUACGUGGAGAUCCUUCUCUUCGUAGCUCAGAACUGGGAGCCAAGAUUCAAGAACACAAACAUGGUUAAGGUUCCUCUUAUCAAGUACCACGUUCAGAAGGGAGCGAGUCUUCUUAGCAGCUUGGAAGAUCUCAGUCCUCGGACGUUAUGUCUCGUUGCAGAGAAGAAUCACUCGUGGUUACUCGAUUGGAACGGUGAGUUUAGAUGCAUGUCUGAUUAUGUUUUUCUGCCACAAGCAACAAAGAAAGCGUUGAAUGCAUCACGCUCUACUAAUAUGGAAGUAAUACGUAACUGGCUUGGAGAGAAGAUUACUUUGAUGGAUCUUAGUGUCUCUCUAUACGCACAAUGUCUCUUGCGUAGUCUUAAGAAAGACAACAGGCUUGUGGUGGCAUACGCACACUUUCUGCAUCACUCAAUCACCAAGGGGUUUCUAUCAGAUGAGGAGGCUAAGAAAUGUUGCGAAGAGAUGCCGCUUGUGGACAACUAUGGGAAUGUUAAGACGAGUACCUUCGGUGUUCUUGUUCCUGCUAGUGCAGGUAAAUGGGUUAGCUUAAUAACCGGGUCGAAUCCUUGGAGGCAGGACGGUUAUAUAGAGCUUUGGGAAGAGUAUAUGACGUCUGGUAUGUUCGCCGGUGUUCGGUCUAAACAGAGAGAGCUUCUUGGGUUCUUGAAAGAAUAUGCUAAAGCUGGAGAUGUACCUGAAGUAGCACCACCGAAUGCUGCUCUACCUGCCUUGUCUGGAGCUCUUCAGAAACAGAAUGUUUUUCUUCUUUUGGAGUGGAUUAAUAGUCAUAGAAACUCUCUUCCUCCAAAGUUUAUUGAUUCAGUUAAAGGAGGAAGCUGGCUGAGAACUAAGAUGAAUGGAAGCUAUGAUUAUCGCCCGCCUUGUCAGUCUUUUUACCAUACUGCAUCAUGGGGAGGCGUUCUGAAGAAGGGAUCAGUUCUUGUGGAUGUUCCACUUGUUGAUAGGAGCUUCUACGGUAAGAAGAUUGAGAGCUACACAGAGGAGCUGAAAACUGCUGGUGUUAUGUUUGAGUUUAGUGAAGCAUGUGCGUUUGUUGGUGACCACCUCAUGAGUUUAGCUGGGACCUCCUCGCUGUCAAGAGAGAAUGUGUUUUCUAUUCUUAAGUUCAUCAGAAACUUGAGAGAGAAGCUCCUCUCACCUGAUGAUUUCGUCACAUCCAUCAAAGGCCGCCCUUGGCUGAAGACAAGUUCAGGUGACAGAUCUCCAGAGGGAGCUGUUCUGUUCAGUGAAGAGUGGAAAGCUGCCUCUCUGAUAAGUGAGAUUCCGUUUGUUGAUGGAGACGUCUACGGUGAAUCUGAGAUCAGUGGGUUCAAGGAAGAGCUGAAGCUGCUAGGGGUUGUGGUUGAGUUUCCUAACAAUCACGGUCUCAUAGUCUCUCAUUUGAAGCCUGAAAAGCUGAACUAUCUUACAGCAGAUGCAAUGAUCUUACUACUUGAGUGCAUACGUAACCUGACUUCUCAGCAUCUGGUUGAUUCCUUAAGAAGCUCUCAGUGCCUGAAGACAAAAGGAGGCUACAAGUCACCUGCUGAAUGUUUCAUAUCUGAUCCUGACCAGACUUUCUUUCUGACAGUCUUUGAUGAUGUCUUCCCUUUAGUCGAUGAUAGUUUCUAUGGAAGCAGAAUCAGUUCCUACAAAAAGGAGCUAGAGCAGAUUGGUGUUGUGGUUCAGGUUGAAGAAGCUGUGAAAGCGUUUGUGAGAACAUUCAAGCAGAAAGCUACCUCAACUUCUCUAACACGAGAGAACGCUUUGUCACUUCUGUCUUUCUACAAGAAAAUGAUGGGAAGUGAUCACAAGUUUCCUGAAGAAGUUAUGAAAAGCUACACAGAGUUACAAUGGCUGCAAACAACACUCGGCGACUUCCGCGCACCAAAGGAGUGCAUUCUCUUUUGUUCAGAGUGGGAGCCUCUCCGUCUUAUAGCCAAUCUCCCCUUUAUAGAUGAUACCACAAAGUGGUACGGCAAGAGUAUACACAGCUACAAGAAAGAGCUAAGGAGCUUAGGAGUCACUGUUGAGCUGAAACAAGGCGUGAACCAUUUGGUUAGCUCUUUAAGUCUCCCUGAUGAGUCUAGUAGCAUCACUCCUUCAAGUGUUCUGUCUCUUCUUGAGUGCGUCACGUUCUUGAUUGAGGAUGGUAGAAAACUCACUCAGGAGUUUCUAGACAAGGUCUCUGUCAGAUGGUUGAAGACACAAGCUGGUUACAACAGUCCUAAAGAGUGUCUUUGGUUUGAUAAAAGCUGGGAACUAGAGCCUUGUGAUGGUCCCUUCAUCGAUGAAAAGUAUUAUGGCUCUAAGCUUAAGUCUUUCAAGAGAGAGCUUAUUGAGGUUGGAGUUGUUGACGAUCCAGACAAAGCUAGCCAGUUGCUUGCUACACACGUUUAUACUCAUUCUGAUUCUGAUGCAGUUUCCCGGAUAUAUAGAUUUCUCAGUAAAACUGAAUGGAAACAAGAGAAAGACUCGUCGUCUUCUUCAGGCAGGAUUUGGAUUCCGAGAGAUGAGAAAUGGGCAGAUGUUUCUAGCUGCGUGGUCAGUGAUAAAGACAAGCUCUUUGGAUCACACCUAAACGUUCUUGAAAACCAUUACAAGAGUUAUGACCUUCUUGUCUUCUUCUCAUCUGCAUUUAACGUGAGAAUAACGCCAUCUGUUGAAGAUUACUGUGCUUUGUGGAAAGACUGGGAGAGAACAAAGGAAAGAUUGUCAAACCACGAGUGCUGUGCGUUCUGGAGCUUCCUUGUGCGACACGGUAUAUCUGAGGACUUACUCUCUGAAUCCUUCUCUCGUUUGCCAGUUAAGACAACAGAUAGCAGCAAUGAUGAAGAAGGAAUCUUGUUGUCUAGCAAAAGCGACGUGUUCAUAGCUGAUGACUUGCUCUUGAAGGAUCUUUUCAUUGACUCCCCUGUUUUUGUAUGGUACCCAACUCCAAGCAACCCUAGAUUGUCACAAACUAAGCUUAUGGAGCUUUACAGGAAAAUAGGAGUCAAAGACAUCUCUAAAUGCGUGGAGACUGCAGAAGCUAAGUUAACCGACCGAACCAAAGUCAAGAAGCAAGAGAAGAGUCUGAUCGGACCAGGGCUAGUGAGGCUGGUUCUAGGGUUUCUAUCUGAUCCAUCUCUUGAGAUAGAAGCUGAGGAACGUUCAAGAAUCAUAGAAAGUCUUGUUAGCCUCAGUGUUCUCCAAACUCCGGAGACGAUCUCAACGGAUUACACGCUGACACUACCGUCAAAGGGAGAGAAGCUGGUGGCAAAAGCUAAGAAGGUGAUGAGGUGGGAGAGAGAGGAAGGAGUUGUGUAUGCAGAGAAGAUGAAGAAAAGUUGCGGGAAAAGAAAGGUUUUGGAGCACGCCACGUGUUUCGCUGAGGUGAUUGCUAAGGGAGUGAUGAGUGGUAGAGAAGAUCUUAUUGAAAGGCUAUCAGAGCUAGUGAAGAUGGCUUACUUGGUUGAGUUUGACGAAGAGGCGUUAGAGUUUCUUAUGAAGUCCAAGAACCUUGAGGUCUAUGAAGAAGAUGAGAAGCUAAUCUCAGAUGCCUUCUCCCUCAAGUAAAACUAUUGUCAGAUGCUUUCUUGUUUGGUCCAAACUCCAAACAGUCAUUUUAAGAGCUUUUU